GAACCAUACGAGUCUUCACUGCGAUAGCAUCCUCGCAUCCAGCUCGUGUGCGUAUGGACCUUGUUGACACCAACGAUGGCUACGGCCCCUUUGAAGGCCCCGAGAAGCUGCUCGAGAUUUGGUUUGCCUCCUCUCCGGCCGACCUCCCAGACGUGUCUGAGUCUGUCAAUGGCAAGUUUGGCCUCAGAAAAGUACCCAGGGCCGUGUGGGAGGAAAUGCUGGACAUCGUCAAGUGCAAGAUUCUUUCCCACAUCGAGGGGCACGAGAUGGAUGCCUACCUCUUGAGCGAGUCUUCGUUCUUUGUGUCCCCACACCGUCUUAUUUUGAAGACAUGUGGGACGACACUCAACCUUCUCGGUCUUCCACGCAUGCUCGAGAUUGCAAAAACUCACGCCAAUCUCACCGCGGUUUAUCGGUGUUUUUACUCGCGCAAAGCAUUCAUGUUCCCGGAACGACAGCGGGGCCCGCACCGCGACUGGCGCGCAGAGGUCGAAUUCCUCGACCAGAUCUUCCCGAAUGGUGCUGCCUAUACUGUCGGAAAGGUUAAUGGAGACCAUUGGCUUCUCUACAUCACUAGCCCGGACGAGGACCUUGCCUCGACCGCGCCGAACUCUCCUGCUCCUGAGGAUGUGCCUCUCACAGAAGCUGACGAGACUCCUGCAGCAGAGGCACAAGCAGAGGACGACGAGCCUGAAUGGAUGAGCUACGAUUACACUAUCGAGAUCCUCAUGACAGAGCUGUCGCCAUCUGCUCGCGCGAAGUUCAACCAUGCGUCCGCUCUUGAAGAGGUCGAGCACAACCCAGGGCAGCAUGCUUUAGACCUUUCUUCGUCUAUCGGCAUCACCGAUCUGUUCCCCCGCCCGCUCACUACCCUAGAUGCUUACUCGUUCACUCCAUGCGGUUACUCCUCCAACGCUCUGCUCGAGUGGCGCGACGAUGCCGGUAUGGACCCGGUUAAGAAUGGGGAGGGCUACUACACUAUCCACGUUACUCCAGAGGAUGGAUGGUCGUACGCCAGCUUCGAGUGCAACGUCCCCAUGCCCACUGUCCCUACUCCGCAGCCGAGCAAGAUUCCCGACCUGAAGACGCUAAUCCGUCGAGUGGUCAGCAUCUUCCAGCCUGGUCGGCUGACUCUAACCUUGUUCGUUUCGAGUGAGGGUAACGCCAAUGCCGAAGAGGAGGAGGGGGAGAGUGCCGUGGAGGCGGCACAGCGGGCGUUCAAGACUGCGCUGGUAUCGCCCAAGGGCGUCAACAGCGUUGCAGCCACUCGUGCAGAGGGCGGGGCGGAGGCAGGCGCGGGGUUCCACGGAGUGUACAGGAGGACGGAUAAAAUCAACUAUGAGUUCGGAGGAUACGAACUCGCAUUCGCCAGCUUCGAGCUGCGUCCGUGAAAAGUCUGGUUUAUCUGGACGUUGGCGUUACCACGCACGUACCUGUGUAUCAAAAAGGAUUUCGUGGCCAGUGAUACUAUGUAUCUGCUCUAUCUCUCUAGCGAUGUACCCUGGUGUAAUACUAGCUUUUUUGAUUGUCGC